CGUCUUCCUCCGUCCAAUCGACGCACGCAGAGAAGAACACCGCCGCCGCCGCCGCCAGCAUUUGUGAACACGGUUCUCGCUGCAAAAAUUACUGGCCAGGGCUCCCCUCCUUUGCUGCCUAGGUAGGUAGGGCGGCCGCCACUGCUCCUCUCCAAGACCCGAUUCCACUCCGCCGCCCGCCCGCUCUCGCUCGCUCGCUCGCUCGCCAGACCUGGAGGACACAGGGCCUGCUUCCUUGGCAACAUGGCGUCGCCGGACGACCCCGUGCUCGCCGCUUGCAAGAACAACUUGAGCCACUUCAGAAUAAAAGAACUCAAGGAUGUCCUUGAUCAGCUUGGACUUUCGAAGCAAGGAAAGAAGCAGGAUCUAGUGGACAGAGUUAUGGCAGUAUUGAUCAGUCAGCAAGAUGAAGCCUCAGAAACCAAUGGUUUACCAAAGGCAAAAAUGGUGCUGAAAAUAGUGGAGGACACUUUUAGAAAAAUGCAAGAGGCUACAAAUACUGUAACGCCCUCAAGGAGCCACGGCAGUGUUAAGCCUAAAAAGAAACCUGAGUCUGCUCAGGCAGUUAAGGUUCGUUGCCCUUGUGGUGACUCCAAGCCAAAUGAUUCCAUGAUUAAGUGUAUUGAUCCACAAUGCAACAUGUGGCAACAUGUUGGCUGUGUUAUCAUACCCGAUGCUGAGAAGUCUGCAGACAAUAUUUCUCCUGAAUUACCUUCCUGCUUUUAUUGUGAAGUGUGCCGACUUAGCAGGGCUGAUCCUUUUUGGGUCACCAUGCACCAUCUAUUACUCCCUGUCUUAAUAGGACCCUCUACUGUAGCAGCAGACGGGUCAUAUACUGUACAGUAUACCGCAAAAAGCUUUCAGCUUUCAAGAACUAAUAGAGAAAUGCUACAGCAAGCUGAAUGUGAUGUUCAGGUUUGGUGUAUCCUUCUCAGUGACAAAGUGCCUUUUAGGAUGCAGUGGCCUUUACACUCUGACAUGCAAGUUAAUGGUAUUUAUGUUAGGGUGGUUAACAGGCAACCCCACCAAAAGUUAGGGGCCAAUGGUAGAGACGAUGGUCCACUAUUAACAGAUUACCUGAAGGAGGGACCUAACAAGAUUUCUCUAUCGAGAAAUGACUCUCGUACUUUCUGUUUGGGGAUCAGAAUUGCCAAGAGGAGAUCUCUAGAACAGGUCCUAAAUUUGGUGCCAAAGGAACAAGAUGGUGAAAAGUUUGAUGAUGCCCUUGCUCGUGUGCGUCGCUGUGUUGGUGGUGGAGCUGAGGCAAAUAAUGCAGACAGUGAUAGUGAUAUCGAAGUUGUGGCUGAUUCUGUCUCCGUGAAUCUUCGGUGCCCUAUGACUGCUUCAAGGAUCCAGAUUGCUGGUAGGUUCAAGCCCUGUGCUCACAUGGGUUGUUUUGAUUUAGAAGCUUUUAUUGAAAUAAACCAACGUUCCCGGAAGUGGCAAUGUCCAAUUUGCCUGAAGAAUUACUCUCUAGAGAACAUAAUAAUUGAUCCUUACUUCAAUCGCAUUACUUCUUUGAUCAAAAGUUGUGGAGAUGGUACGUCUGAAAUUGAUGUCAAGCCUGAUGGUUCCUGGAGAGUUAAGGGCAGAGCUGAACUGAAGGACCUUGUACAGUGGCAUCAACCAGAUGGUACUCUCUCUGUGGCCACAGAUACAGCAGCCAAACCUGAAAUUUGCAUUGUAAAGCAUGAGGUUAAAGAAGAGCCGCUGUCUGAAGAGGUGGGAUGUCUUAAGUUGGGACUUAGGAAAAAAAGCAACGGCCAGUGGGAAAUUAGCAAGAUAGGGGAUGCUGAUCUGGUGCCAUCUUCUGGUAAUGACCAUUCAAGAUACAAUGAAAACAAAAACUGCAUCACUCUCUCAAGCAAUAUUGGUGAUACAAACAUUACAGAUGAAGGUUAUAAUUUAGAGCCAGCAACAAAUGGUGAUCCUACAACCCAUGUCCAUGAUCUUGAUUCUUCAUCCUCAGAUCAAAAUGGUCCUCCAGCAUCAACAGGGCAGGAUAUAAUAGUUUUGAGUGACUCGGAUGAUGAUGAUGUCAUGGUGUUGUCUCCUGGUGCUGUGAACUGUGGCUCGACGCAUGACACUGGAAAUAUGUUUCCACUCAACACACCUGAAAAUUUAGGAGUGUGUAGCGAACAAACUGGUGUAUGCCCAAAGGAAAGCUCAUUUGUUGCAUUAAGAGAAGGUUUUGGUGACCUGGGAUUGUCCUUUUGGGAAUGUCCUAGGAGUCCCCGAGAUGAUCCUACUUCCCAGAUACUUGAUACCAGUACAAAGGCAACAGAUAAUCCAGGUGAAGUGGAAAACUACCCUGCCAAUGAUCAACCUAAGCAAGGCCCAGUUUCUGGGGCGGUAGAAGCAAACCCGGUGCCAGUGGAAGAUGAACAUGAUAGCGCAUUGCAUCCUUGUCCAUCAAAUGAAAGAGAUAGUGCCAUGGGUCUUGCUAACCUGGGAGCAGACACUGAAACAUGUGUUGAUGUCCAUUCCGACAAAUGGACAGAUGUCAGCAUUAGUGGCUCUGGUGAAGAUUUCACUAGUGCCAAAAUUGCAUCUAAGAAAAGGAACAAUCCUGGAGACAGAAUAACAGCUUUAGAUGGUUCACUUGUCGGAAGUGCAAAUGACGAUGAGAGCGCCCGAGAGAGAGAUGGUCCUUUCUCACCACCACAGCAGCGUUCAGUUCGGCCAAGAGUGAUACUAGACAUUGCCUCAGAUUCUGAUUAGCAUAGAUAGAUUUGUGUUGGCUGAUUCCCGUUAUAGAAUCUGUAGCGGUCUCCUACCUGCCUGCGUGGCUUGGAGAAAAGGAAGGGGUAGAGUGUGAAUGGAUGUAAUGUAAUGGUGUCUAAGGCAUUAGGUCAGCGAGCUGGCAAGCAGUGAGAGGCAGAGGCAUCUCCUGUAUUUGGAGAUCCCAGCUCUGUUAGGUGGUAGAAUGUGAUGACAGGAGCAAUAUAUAUAUAUAUAUACCAGUCACAUAAUAGAGCAGAAUAUAUAGUCAUGAACUGAGGUGGCAGGCAGUUGAUAUAAAUAUGCCUUGCUCUUUUUCCCCCUUUGUUA